ACCCAUUUCCAAUUAAUAAUUUUAAUUUAAUUUGGCAUCAAAUUCAGAGAAACCUAAUCUAUGCUCCCCCAGCUUAAUUACAAAAGUCCUAACGUUUUGGUCUCUCUCCUCUUCCUCUCAUUUCAUGUUCCUCAGGGUUUUAGGUUUAGGGUUAGAACAAAAGAAAGAACUGUAGUUAGUACUACUCCUAUUGGAAGUUCUGCGUAAGCUAGCUAGAUAGGGUUUGUUUUAUAACUUGGUGAGGGUGAGAUGAGAUCAUCUGUUGAGAGUGAGAAGAUGGAGGAAAUGAUGUUGCCUGGGUUCCGUUUCCACCCAACAGACGAAGAGCUCGUCUUGUUCUACCUUAAGAGGAAGAUCCAACAGCGCCCCCUUUCAAUCGAGAUCAUCAAGCAGCUCGACAUCUACAAAUACGACCCCUGGGACCUCCCAAAGCUGGCAAGUACAGGGGAGAAAGAAUGGUACUUCUACUGCCCAAGAGACCGGAAGUACAAGAACAGCACAAGACCUAAUCGAGUGACUGGAGCUGGUUUCUGGAAAGCAACGGGCACGGACCGACCCAUAUAUUCAUCCGAUGGGGGAAACAAGUGCAUUGGCUUGAAGAAGUCCCUCGUCUUCUACAAGGGCAGAGCCGCAAAAGGAGUGAAGACGGACUGGAUGAUGCACGAGUUUCGCCUGCCAACUCUCACCAACUCCGCUCCACCCAAGAGAUACCUUGGCAAAGGCAUUAUUCCUCCAAAUGAUGCAUGGGCUAUAUGCAAGAUAUUCAAGAAAGCCAACUCCGCAGUUCAAAGAUCUCUUUCCCAUUCCUGGGUUUCUCCUUUACCGAUCGCUCUCGCAGACUUACCCGAUAAACAUGCAGUUAACCGGCAGAUUACCAGCCCUCCCGAGAGCACAUCGUCCAUAAAGACUGCUUCUUCAGCCGUCGUUCCCCAAGUUUUCAUCGAAAACAAGUACAACUCGCAUUUGGACCUUUCGAGCUCAUACAGGACCCGUUAUCCUUGUACACCACUAAUGACUAGUCAAAACCUCAACAGUAGUCCGUUCUAUUCUCUUAACAUGUCAUCGUCUUCUCCUGUUGGGGAUUUGCUUAAGGCCUCAUCAUGCCAUGGCGUGGUGGAUCACUUGUAUGGCAGUUCCAUUAUCGAUCAUGGCAUCGGAAAUGCAUGGGAGAUCGACGGUGCAGUGAAGAAUGGCUGCAGUGGACAGUGGGAGUCCGCAGAGCCGAACCUCAGGUUUUCCUUUAGUAGAAGUCUGCCCGAUAUGCAGUCUUGGGAGUUAGCUUCCUCAUGUUCCACUUCCAAUGAACGUCCUGCAAACUACAUAUGAUCAUUUCGAAGUCGGAACAUUUUAGGAAAUUAACCAUCGAGGCAAACUUUUGUGUCUAGCUAGGUAAGAAGAACUAAUUUUUCUCUAAUUUUCUUGGUUGAGGCAAUUGUACUUUUAUCCUAAUACUUUUCCAAUAUAUAUUAUGAAAAUCCAAAGUAUUGCUUAUCUUUGUUUAGAGAUACGUGACAUUGAAUGAAAAUUAAUAUUAACCAAUAUGUUGAGAAUAUUUUGUAAUUCCACCAAAAGAAAGAUGUGAUAAAUAUAACAUAUGGAGUGGUUUUGAGGGAAAUCUCGACAGUGGGCCUCUUUCGUGUA